UGCCUUUUACCCCUCAAGAAAAAGAUGGGCUCGUCCCAUAAACACGAAAAGCAUAGUGUUGAUGACAGAUUCCAGACGACGGGCACGGUCACAGAAAGAGGAAAGGGCAGAAACAAGUAUUCGGAAUUUCCAAGGCAAUGGAAGUACUCGCUGUUCUGAGUGUGUGUCUACUGGUCUCCCUGUGUCACAGUGCAUCACCGUAUCUCAAAUUUGUCCCCAAGUUCAGCAAGGACAGAGAUCAGUCAAAAUGGCCACCUAAGUUUUGCCAUGGCCUUGGCUGCCCUAGAUUUACAGUUCUUAAAAGUGUUAAAGGGGAAUAUGAGGCUCGAGAAUAUUCUGCAUCUCAGUGGGUGAGCACCAACUCUGUUGGCGUGGACUAUGCAGAAGCAUCCCGAACCAACUUCAUGAGACUAUUCAAGUACAUCUCUGGCAAGAAUAGUGCAGGUGAGAAGAUCGAUAUGACUGCGCCUGUCAUCAUAAAGAUCAUCCCCGGACCGGGACCAGCCUGUGAGUCCAACUUCACCAUGUCAUUCUUCGUGGCACGGGACAACCCACCCAGACCCACCGAUCCUAAAGUCUCUCUACAGCGGUUUCCAUCCUUUAGAGCUUACGUGAGGUCUUUUGGGGGCUACUACAUGGAGAGCAUCACCCCGUGGUUGAAAGAGGCAGAGAAACUCAGUGGCUACCUCAAUGGGACCUCCUACAACACCGACUACUACUACACCGCUGGCUACGAUAGUCCCUUCACCUUCUUCAAGAGACACAAUGAAGUCUGGUUCAUUGCUGAAUAACUUAAUCCAAGAUAUCAAAAAUAAAAUUCCCAGGGCAUUCACAGCUGUUAUUUCACAGAUUUAAAUAGGUCUUUUUUAGUACAAGCUCUUUGAUGAUGAAUCUCUCAAAUAUUCCAUGUUUAAUGAAAAGAGAUCUCAUCAGACUUGUGUCAAGAUGAGAAAUAGAUAAAAGGAUUGGUAUGAUUUAAUGUCAGAGGUGGUGUUGAUGUAUGUCAGUUCACCAGCUGCAAUUUGUAUUGUGAAUACAUGUACUUGUAGAAUAAUUCCGGAAAUGAGAUCAGUGCAGAAGUCUGUCUGACAGUAGAGACAUAUAUUUGUUGACACUUUAUCUUUAAAGACUCCAGUACAAGAUAAAUACUACUGAAAAAGUUGAUUACCUGCCAAUUUUUUCAUAUUGUUUAUACUUACUUUGUCAUUCCAUAUUAAUACAUAGUGAAUUGAAUCUGGUAGUCAUAAUUGUCUUUUUCAGUAGUAAAAAUCUGUAUGGAAGAACAGCAAUAUUUCUCAUCUGUGAUGUUUUUCAUGUUGUGCGGUUCAGCUACUUUUACUACUUGGCUAGGUACUAAUGCCACAAAUACUCUUUGACCUUUUUGUCUACAUUUUGGCCGAUGAAAAACAUAUUUUUGUACAAAUAAAUUUUUGUAACAU